ACUACACCUCCAUCUCCCUUUCAGGUGCUGAGGCAGAAACAGCUGGACAGUGCAGACUCAGAGGUCAAGCAGGUGUCUGUCCGGAGAUUCUCCUCCUUCAACCUGUUCAACAAAACCAGUGUCACGCACCAAGAGACAGAUGACCCCUCCGAAGGCCAGUGGGUGGAAUACACAAGUGCUUCCUUCCCAGAGUUCAGUGCCUUUCUCAGGUGGGUUUGAGAUGCUUGUUGUCCUCUGAGUAAGCCAAGCAUCUUGCAGUUUACACACACACACACACACACUGUAAUCAUAUUUCUCUCUCAUUCUUUUCCAGGGAUAACCUCGGGCCCAUCAGAGUGAACGAGGUUCUCAACAGUUUUGACAAUACAGGGAAUGUCUGUGAGUACAUCCUCCAUAUACAUUUUUAA